AUGGGACCUGCGAAUGCGAACGAUGAAAAGUUGUGCGCCAAAUUCUUUAGCAUUCACGGGUGCGCAUACGGCGCCGACUGUCACUUUCUGCACACCUACCGUCCGGGACUGCCCGUGCCUCCGAGACCGGCACCGCUACCGUACGUAUACACCAUGAGUGAUGCCAUGCGACCGCAAGUGAACGAAAAGAUAAAGACGCGCUUGUGCAGAAAUUUUGAGUCGCCGCAAGGCUGUCGUUUCGGCGACCGCUGCGUGUUUGCGCACGGGGAAGAGGAACUACGAACGGAAGAGGCAAACACGGCGUCUAUGGGAUCAACCUACAUGCUUCAAACGUCGAUCGAGCAGGCCGUGCUCGUGCCUGUGCCGCAGGUCCACGUCGGCGCCAUAGUCGGAAAAGCGGGAUCAGCCAUCGCGCAGGUGAGCGCAACGUCUGGGGCAAAGGUUUCGAUGCUUAGCGCAGAAUACACAAAUUCAGACGGAAAUAGGCUCUGUCGCGUAAUAGGUAGUCCACUCGACGUUCAAAGGGCGCAAGAGAUGAUUUAUCAGCGCCUUACGUACGCGGAAAGGAAAAAGAGUGACGCUCCGAAGGAUUCGAAGAAGAAGCCGUUCAAGACAAAGAUUUGCGACUCCUGGGUGCGGAACGGCCAGUGUCCAUUCGGAAGAAGAUGCCAUUAUGCGCACGGGAAUGAGGAGCUACAGCAACGACAUUCUACGAAUGAGAAUUCGGAAAACGUUGUGAUAGUGAGUUGA